UAUUGUUAGAGGCGUGCGAUUGUAUGCGCAACAUAUAAAAAAGAUCAAUGUUUAAUAAAUACAUUUGGCAAACAAUUCAAUUCACGUUUUUUUUUAAAGAAAACAAGAAUUAUUGAAUCUGUUAAACGGUAUUAUUGUAUAUUAUUUUAUAUUUUUUACAUUCUGUUGGUUUAUAUUAUUUAUAAUUUAUAUUGUAUAAAUAACUUACUAAUUAUAAUUUUUUUAGUUAUUGAUGUUUGCCAUGUUAAUUUUCUGUUUUCUGUUUAUGGGAUAGCUAAAUGGUUGACGAUUUUCCCUCACGAGGAUAAAGAUGAUAUUUUCUAUAAAGAUGAAAACGCCUUGCAAUGUUAUAAUUGUUAUCCUGCUUGCAAGGAUAUUAGUUACGACGUGCUUACUUGGAGAAGUUAUAUGUCUUCCGGUGGAUACAAUACCAACUUAUUGUGACGUUGGCGGUAUAUGUGGCGUCUUCAUCGGCUUCAGUUUUAUCAGUGUAGUAGAGUUUCUGUACUUUUUUGCAUUUGUGCUUCGCGAUUUGAUAUCUAAAAAAUCAGCCUUACAGAAAGAUGAUAUUUGUAAGGAUAAAAUCACAUCAGUACAAAAUAAAACUAAACAGACAAUUUAUUGGAACGAAUUGGUACCACGAUCCUGGCAUUCAGCAAAAUACGGCAAAUUCUUUACUAACAAAGCCAGAUAUUAACCGACAAAUUCUUACCGAACUAUAAAUAUUCUCAAUUGAAUUGAUUCCAUUUUCACCAAUUAUGUUAUUGUAAAUAUUCAGAUAAUAUUUAAAAUAAUAAAAAAAACCUUGCGAGCAUAGGAAGCUGAUUCGAGGACAAACUCUUAGACAUAUACAAAGUGAUUAAAGACAUUAUUAUACUUUUUAUUACAUUACAUAAUAAUGAUAAUAAUGAAUAAUAAUGAAAAUUGAUCUCUUCAAAAAGACUCAUGAUUGUCAAAAAACGGAAUUACAAUAAAAAGUUUAUUAAUCGGAUAUUCGUUUCUUUUAUUGGAAUUCCAAAAUGACUUUAACUAGUCUUAUAUUUUAUAUACAUAAGAGAAAAAGAGAAGGAAAGAGAAACAUCUGAACGUUAUAUGCACGCAUAAAAGAUUAAGAUAUUAAAAAUUCAUAUAUACUAAGUUAUAUACUAAACACACACACACACACACACACACACACACACACACACACACACACACACACAGAUUUACGCACAAAAGAAAAAGAAAAAGAGCUGGCAAUUUAUUCGAUUUAGUGGCGCCAAGUUUUUGUAGUAAAAUAUUUAUUUGUAUUAAAAUAUUUAUUUAUAAUAUUUGUAAUUUAUUUGUAUUAAAAUACUUAUUUACCAGUUCAA